AUUUAAAUCGCUAGCGAGUCGUUGUUUGAGAUGAAUCAUUCUCUUCUGGGAGCUGCAGCCUGAGAGGAACUUGCUGUCAGGACUACUACUCCCACAGUGCUUCACAGCUCUCGUCGGUGAAUCUUUAAUCUCAGUUGGAAAGAGGAAGGACCGGCUGGUUCAAAAAACAAGCUACUCUCUGGAGGAAACAGUCAAGACGGGAAAUGCGCUGAACAGGUGGCAGGCCGGGGGUGGUUUGCGUUUUGAGUUUAAUUCUGCUCCCUUCUGUCUGUGUGAUCACAGCCAGAGCCGCCUGGGCGAUGGAGAACUGGCGGCAGUGUGCCAACUGGCUGAUCGAGUGUAAAGUGUUGCCCCCCAACCACAGGGUGACCUGGGCCAACGCUCAGGUCUGCGACUUGGCCUGGGCUCUGAGAGAUGGCGUCCUCCUCUGUCAGCUCCUCAACAACCUCCGGCCUCACUCCAUCAACCUCAAGGAGAUCAACCUGCGGCCUCAGAUGUCCCAGUUCCUUUGCCUCAAGAAUAUCCGGACCUUUUUAAACGCGUGCUGCGAAAAAUUCAACAUGAAGAAGAGUGAACUGUUUGAAGCCUUCGAUCUGUUCGAUGUACGCGAUUUUGCCAAGGUCAUCGACACUCUGUCCUAUUUAUCAUAUACUCCUAUAGCGCAAAGGAAAGGGAUCUGUUCCUUUCCAACAGAAGACAGCUUGGCUGAUGAUGAUAUCUACAGUGGUCUUUCUGACGUCAUUGAUGACACUGGAGAGGAAGAUGAUGACCUUUAUGAUUGUGUGGAAAAUGAGGAUGAUGAAGGAGGUGAAAUUUAUGAAGAUCUGAUGAGGCCUGAGGUUGCAUUGUCCGCGCCUCAGAAAAUGACUGACUUAGACAAACGGAAUUGCUGCCUUCAGGAAAUCAGACAGACGGAGGAGAAGUACACGGAAACAUUAGAGUCCAUACAUCAGCAUUUUUUUAGACCAUUACAUCGGUUUCUCAAUACGUACGACUUAGAGAACAUAUUCCUGAACAUCGAGGAACUAUUGAAUGUGCACAGAAGUUUACUGGAGGAAAUCCAAAUCUCAAUCAAAAUGAACAAUGCCCAGAAUCUCUAUGAAAUCUUCAACAAUUACAAGAAAAGGUUGUUACUGUACGGACGAUACUGCAGCCAAGUCGAGGCAGCUACCAAACACCUGGACAAGAUCGCGAGCAUAAGGGAAGAUGUUCAGAUGAAGCUACAGGAAUGUUCCAACAGAGCGAACAAUGGACGGUUCACCCUACGAGAUCUCUUGAUGGUGCCCAUGCAAAGAGUCCUCAAGUAUCACCUUCUGCUUCAGGAGUUAGUGAAACACACCACCGACAAAACAGAACAGGGGAACCUCCGAACAGCUCUGGAUUCGAUGAGGGAUUUGGCCCAAUGUGUAAAUGAAGUGAAACGUGAUAGUGAGACUCUCAAACAAAUCACAAGCUUCCAGUUAUCGAUAGAAAAUCUGAACCAAUCAUUAGCUGGUUACGGCCGACCCAAAACAGAUGGAGAGCUACGUUUAAUGACUGUGGACAAACGCUCCAAGCAAGAUAGAUAUGUAUUCCUAUUUGAUAAAGCUGUUAUUAUCUGCAAACGGAAAGGAGAGAAUUAUGAAAUGAAGGAAAUUAUUGACCUACAGUAUUAUCAGAUACGGGAUGACCCAAUAGGGAGCAGAGAAACCAAAAAGUGGAGCCAUAUGUUCCUACUCAUUGAGGCUCAUGGGCAACAUGGCUAUGAGUUCUUCUUCAAGACCAGGGAGCUGAAAAAGAAAUGGCUGGAGCAGUUUGAGAUGGCUUUAUCGAACAUCUUCCCAGAGAAUGGGAGCUCAAACAACCAUGAUUUUCGGAUGCACUCGUUUGAAGAGUCAGCAACAUGCAAGGCGUGUCAGAUGUUACUCAGGGGCACCUUCUUCCAGGGUUAUCGCUGCAGCAAGUGCAAGUCCGCAGCUCACAAGGAAUGUUUAGGGAGGGUCGCUCCGUGUGGAAGGCAAGACAGUGGAUCAUCGACUUUGACCAAGAGUAAAAGUAACAGAAUUGCUCCAAGCCGUGCAGUCAAAGCAGGUUUGCCCAAAACGGAAGUCUGCCAAGAAUAUUUCGGGAUGCCUCCUCCACCCGUAGCGUUCGGACCUGCUCUGAAGCUGCUUCUAGGGGAUAUCAUUGAACUCACCAAAGCAGAAGUGGAGCAGCAGUGGUGGGAGGUGAGCUGCACAGACUGAUUUGUGUCAUCCCGG